GUAGCAACGGAGCAAAGGAAAACAGCUUUUCGAUUGCGGUACGUUUAAACGCGAGACUUAGCAGUGCUUGGUUUGGACAGCAACAUCCCUUUAAAGAGAGAAAAUGAGUUCAAGAAAGGUUACAGCAGUGUUUGAGAACUAUCAAAAACAAAGGACAACUUUCGUUGAGAGAGUCGCCGAACUCGCCAAUCAGGCGGAGAACAUCGAAACUCUGCAGAAUGUUGGUGCGAUGGCUCUGUUAAGACCACUUCUCCUAGAUGUUGCCCCCAACAUUCAACAGACAGCAGCAUUAGCCCUUGGUAGACUGGCAAAUUACAAUGAAGACCUUGCUGAGGCUGUUGUGAAAGGAGACAUUCUACCACAGUUGGUGUAUUCUCUGGCAGAGCAAAAUCGAUUUUACAAGAAAGCUGCUGCAUUUGUGCUGAGGGCUGUAGCUAAGCAUUCUCCUCAGCUGGCACAGGCCGUGGUAGACUGUGGUGCUCUGGAGGCUCUUGUCAUCUGCUUGGAGGAGUUUGACCCAGGGGUCAAAGAAGCAGCAGCGUGGGCCCUUGGAUAUAUUGCAAGACACAAUGCAGAGCUCUCCCAGGCAGUUGUUGAUGCAGGAGCUGUCCCUCUGCUAGUCCUCUGCAUUCAAGAACCUGAAAUGCCUCUCAAGAGAAUCGCUGCAUCAGCAUUGAGUGACAUUUGUAAACAUUCGCCAGAGUUGGCCCAAACAGUGGUAGAUGCAGGAGCCAUUGCUCACCUUGCGCAGAUGAUUCUUAAUCCUGAUUCAAAACUUAAGCGUCACAUAUUCUCUGCAUUAAGCCAAAUUGCCAAACACUCUGUUGACCUGGCUGAGAUGGUUGUUGAGGCCGAGAUAUUUCCAGCUGUUUUAGCCUGCCUUAAAGAUGAAGAUGAGUAUGUGAAAAAGAAUGUGGCAACAUUAAUAAGAGAAAUUGCUAAGCACACUCCAGAGCUUGCCCAGUUGAUAACAAAUGCCGGAGGAGUUGGAGCUGUGGUUGAUUUCAUUAAAGAAUCAAGGGGAAAUGUGCGACUACCUGGAAUCAUGAUGUUAGGAUAUGUUGCUGCCCACUCAGAAACACUUGCAAUGUCUGUUAUUGUUUCAAAGGGAGUGACUGUGUUAGCUGGCAUUCUCUCUAGAAGUGAGCAUAAUCACAUCAUGCAGCAGCGAUCCACCGAACUAGGAAGGAAUGAAGAAGAUCACAUACAGGCUGCUACAGCAUGGGCCCUGGGUCAGAUUGGAAGACAUACACCAGAACACGCUAAGGCAGUGGCAGUCACUAAUGUCUUGAAGUCCCUGUUGGAUUGUUACCAGGACUCUUCUUAGCUCAGAGGACC